AUGCCACGUCGCUACAUCAACCCUUACGUCAAACUACUUGCUGUGGAUUCGAUAUACCGAUGGGCUGAAGUUUUUGAAAGGACCGGCUGUGUUAUCCGAGACCCUGACGAGUACCAACCAUUUGGACCAAAUUUGAAGAUCCCAGAAGAUGUUCAAGACAGUCUCCAGGAGCACCUCCAAGAAAACCCGACCGCAUACCUCGAUGAGAUUCAAGAAUGGCUGUAUGAGCAGCAUGAGAUUCUCACUUGA